AACAUUUUGGAUGACAUGGUGGUGAGUAAAUUAUCUGGAUUUUUCUUUGAAGAAAAUGGACUAUUCCUUUAAUCUAAAAUGUUAUUAGUGUCUGUUGUACUUAUAUUACAUGUUCAAGUUCAGUUUAUUUAUAUAGCACUUUCCAAACGGUAAGGGGCAGAAGUGCUGAACAGGAUAAAAGUAUACAAUAAGCAACAAGAAGAUUAGAGGAUAAAACAAUAUAUCAAAUAAUAGGAAAAAAGAAAGCAGGUAAAAAGUAGUAGUAUAAUCUAGAUGUGAAAUUAACGUACUGGGAUAAAAAGUGUAAAAUAAUAAGUAAUGGCUAGUUUCAACUAUAGGCUUGAGUAAACAGAUACGUUUUACACAAUUACAAUCAUAUCAUGGCCACAUAUCGAUCAGAUCAGAGAUUUGUGGUUCCUGCACCAGUAGGGGGAGAUCUGGGUGCUGUGGGUUAACAGCAUCACAGUCAUAAAACUACCUAAUCCCACUCAUACGUCGUCACAGGCGCAGUAUAGUCAGCAAGCCAUUGCAGAAACAGGGAGCAUUUGCGAUCAAGAGAGCAUAAGAAAUGUUUGGAAUAAACAUUAUAAUACUGCGAAUAGGAGGCAGAGAAGCUGUUAGCGAAGAUAAGCGUGCCAAGCGUUCCUCCACUAAAACGAUUUAUGGUCGAAUAAGGGUGUAAGGAGGCGGUGGUGAGUUGAUGACCGGUCGUAAAACGCUUGGGAGAGAGAUGAGGAGGGACAUUAACAGGAGAGAACAAACAACAGCAGCAGGGGAAAGGGAGGAGUAAAAGAGAGGGAGAGAGAGAAACAGCAAUAGAGCAAGAGGUUGAUAAAGAGUGAGACUGGGCCAUGAGCUCUGUGCCACCUUACAACUCGCUGCCGGCUCGGCAAAGUCCACGCCGUGAAAAGGAGUGGGAAAGAGAACUGCUCGGGACAAGAAGACUGUCUUCCCCAGUACAGCCGGCUUGUCCAACCCUACCUUCUGUCUCUCGACGGCCCUCUGCACUUCCCGGAUAUCUGCUGUCCCCCUCGCAAGAGUACGCUGAUCAACAGCAACGUCUUUCAUUAUCGCUGUGCUCGGAGGCCUCGCUGGCGCCCGCUGUGCCUGCAGUGGGCGUUGCUCCACCGUGCUGCCGGGCGGUGGGAGUCAUGCCCUUGCUGCGCCUUGCGCUUCUGAUUUUCAGCUUCCUCUUUUGGGCGGCAGGACUUGCGAUCUUCACCCUGGGGAUAUGGGCACAAGCGUCACUAUCCGACUACAUGCUGCUGUCAGCCAACCGUUACCCCAAUGCCCCCACCGUCUUGUUAGGCACAGGGGCUGCGGUGACUGCAUGGGGCUUUUUAGGGUGUUUAGGAGUGGCUGCCAACCUGCCUUACCUUCUGCGGGCAUAUGGCUUCUUCCAGCUGGCUAUGCUCAUAGGUGGACUAGCUGCUGGUCUUUCGGGGCUGUUCUACAGGGAGGAUAUUGCCGAAGGGUUUCGUAGUGGACUGCAGAAAGCUGUAUUGGAAUACGGAGAAGAUGAGGGCCGCGCAGAUGCGCUGGAUAGCCUCCAAAGGUCACUAAAAUGCUGUGGGGCCGAGGGUUGGCGUGAUUGGCUCGUGUCUGAAUGGGCCACCCAAGAUGGUAUUUACUCAUCAGGACGUUCAGAAAAUGACUCUGUGGCCGUUUCACUACCAGACAGUUGCUGUGUACGGCGCAGAGGCUGCCGAAACAGACCUUUGCCAGAGAACGGACUUGAGAACGUUGAUCCGGCAGGGAUUCAUGUCCACGGUUGUUUUCGCAAAGUCUUCAGCUUGGUAAAUGACAAUGUCUUUCAUAUAGCCGCGACAGUUUUGGGUCUUGCCUUCACUCAGGUGGCAGGUAUCGCCCUUGCAUGCCUGCUUGCCAAUCGUCUUAGGCCCAGACUGCGAAGACAAGGACACUGAUAUGAAAAACGCAGUAAAUCAAUCGGCCAGAAUGUUCUUCUCUGCCUGUGCUUUUAUAUUAGAUGUUUAUGUUUGUAUUGGACCAAGAAGCUUUGAACUGUGCAUGAUAAUCUGGUUAUUCAAUCCUUCACGACAGCAUGGAUAAAACUGCACAACAUGGGAACCCUAACAGCAUUUUGGCUCUGCAUCAUAUACUGUAGCAACAUUUUCUUUAUUAGACACAUACUGUAAAGUUAGUGAAGUCAAAUACUGGAUUUGUGCUAUAUAGAUAGAUUUGUGGCAGUAGAUUUAAUUGAUUAUUGAGGUAGAUAGUUUAAACAUGAAUCUGUUAUGUAUAUUUAACUUGGAUUGUUGCAUGUGUUUGUCCAGUAAAGUAAUGCAAGUAAAAAACAUAUACAUACAUGUUUACACAUCAAGGCAUUGGGUUGAGUCUUGUAAUGCGAAGAUAAGUGGGUAGCAUCAUUUAUUGUUUGUGAACAUUUUUUAUAUUACUGAGUAACAUCUGAUAUGAUCUUAUGUAGCUUGUCUAUACUGUAAUGAUUAUAUUUGAUUAUAUCCAAACUUAUUUGCUCCUAAAUAGUUCAUUUUCAGGUAAAUGUACGUUGAUUAUACAAAUACUGACAAUUAAAAGAAAAAUGCUAAAUUGUUGAGUUUAUAAUAAUGAACUGCAUUAAAGUGGGAUCAUAGAGGCUAAGGUUGGGAAACUUGUCACCUGAGAUGUUUGGUUUAUAUUUGGUUCUCCAGUCAGUGGUAAAGCAUUACGUUGUAAAUGUAUUUUUUAAAUAAUAUUUUUGUGUCCUACUCUUAUAAAGUACUAUUGAGACCAUCA